AUGGCCGAGAACGAAGCUGAUCCAGUCGAGGACGCUGCGUCGGCGCCUAAGGCACCUCCUGCGACUCCCUCCUCGCCUGCACCAUUCAGGUCCUCGCCGCCAGCAACGCCCGAGCCUGCUCCUGUUGCCAAUUCAGCCGCCGCGCAGGAAUCUAAAUUAGCGGCGUCGACAAAGCCAAAGGGAUCGGCAUUGACGUCGUCGACUCUGACGCUGGAGGAGCGCAAGACCCCGUUCGAGCAGGCACUCAAGGCAUGGAGUGACAUCAACUUGACCGAGCUGCAGAAACAGCUCGAUAGUCAGGGCCUCGAGAUUGUCGAAAACCAAAAGGUGUCGGUCGUGGGACGAAAGGAACUUGCGUCCAAGACCAAAGAGUUUCGAAAACUGCCAGACGAUGCAAAGCUCACUGAAAUCAAGAGUCUGCUCAAGGCCUACCAAUUGGAAAUCGACAAUCUCACCAAACGUGGAAAAGCCGCCGAAAAUGCUUUCCUCAACACCUACCGAGUGCUCGCCGAGGCUCCUGAUCCGUACCCUCUCCUAGAGGCCACCCUAGAUUCGCUGAUGGCCGGCGACGAGGCCGCCGCGCUAUCGACAGAGAACGCCAGGCUGAAGUCACAGCUCGCUCGCUACGCAGACUACGACGAAUUGAAGGCCAAGAUCGCCGAGACGGAGCAGAAAGUGAUCGACGUGUCUGCUCAAAAAGUGUCGGCCAAGGAAGCAGAGCUGCGUGCGCUACUGGACGAGAAGGAGAGAAAUUGGAAACUGCGGGAGGAGGAUCUCACUCGUCAGGCGCAAGAGGCUCGCGAGCAGGUCCGUGAAAUGCGAGCCACUCACGCUGUCACUGAAGCCCGUCUAGUCCAACACGAGCAGAAACUGGAUGAAGGCGUUGCGGGCAGAUUCGCUGAAGCCGAGUUGAUCGCCGCCGAUCUGGAACGCGUGAACCUGCGCGCCCUGCAAACCGAGCGUCGGAACCUCGAACUUCGACAAGAGCUGGAGAAGUUGAAAUCCACGAUGGGCCAGGGUGGCGGAUCGGAAGAAGAGAGGGCGGAAUGGAAGCAGAAGAUCGACGAUCUGCGCAGCGAGAACGCCGCGCUUGGUCGGAAGAUUGACGCGCUCAGGGAAGAGGCCAAGACGGCCUCUGAUAUGGAGGCGAGAACUCGCAGGAUGCUAGAGAGAGAUAAUGCCCGAAAGACUGAGGAGGUUGAGGGACUCCGAAAGAGAUUGAAGAGUAUGGCUGACUACGACGACAUCAAGCGUGAGCUUGACAUUCUAAAGUACGUCGAGUUCUCAGCCGAGGCCGAAGAUGAUGGCGACCAGUGGGCUACCGAGUCCAAGCCUGACGCGCACGAGGAGAGUUUAGAGCAGCUGUUGCUUUCCCGAAACAAAAAGUUGAACGCAGAACUUACCACGCUUCGCGUUGCACACAACGAUGCCACGAAACGUCUCGCGGCGGUCGAAGCAGACCUGUCGUCGACAAAGACCUCUCUAGAGCAGAGCCAGCACCUGAACAGAAAGCUGGAGGAAGACUUGACGUCUCUGCACGAAUCGACGACCGGCCUGAAUUCAGGGGCGAUUAUUGUUCCCGGAGGAGCCGACGACGACGUACGAUCACAGGUCGGCGGCAGCGGCGCGAUCACUCCCGGCGGUCGCUCGUUAGAUCAGCAUGUGGCCGAUCUCACGAUCCUGCCAAUCAUCACACAGCAGCGCGAUCGGUUCCGCGCGCGCAACGCGGAGCUAGAGCAGGAGCUCAGAUCUGAAUACAGUCGGAUUUCGGAGCUGCGGUCGCAGAUCGAGCGGUUGCAGAAAGAUAACGUCGCGCUGUAUGAAAAGACACGGUAUCUGUCGACCUACAGAAGCAAUUCUGCCGCGCAGGUCAACGCUGGUAUCGACGAAUCGAGCUCGUACGGACGUGAUUACGCAGAACAUAUCUCUCCCUUUGCGCAGUUCCGGGGCCGCGAGCAGGAACGGGCGUUGUCGCGCAUGGGACCGCUCGAGCGCGUGAUCUACGGACUGACGCGAGUUGUGCUCGCAAACAAGACGUCGCGCAAUAUGUUUUUCUCUUACCUGGCCGGCCUGCAUCUGUUCCUGAUGGGCACGAUCUGGUAUCUCGCCCUGGGCGAAGUCGGCAAGCACGACAACAUCACCGACGCGCCGCCGUCGCGGGCGGGCGAGGUAGAGAGCGGGAAGAGCAUGGUUCUGAGCGAGCCGGUCGAGGCGGCGAUAGUGGGCCAAGACAGCCCGGUCCAGCAGCAGGAAGCGGUUGCGGGAGCGAUUGUCGCGGCAGUGCAGGCCACGGCUGCUGCUGCUGCGACUGCCACCGCGCAGGUUGCGCAGGCGGUUGCUACUGUUGUCAGUGGCGGCGGGGCUGCGGGCGAGUUUGGCGCGGCUGAUCCUGAGGGUGAGACUACGCCUACGAUGCCAUAA